UUCUAAGGGGCAUGGCCCAAUUCAGUUAGGUAAAAGAAAAGCAAAAAAAAUAUAUGGAAAAAAGGAGGAAAAAAAAGGAAAGAAGAAAAUGGUAAUAAGAGUAGUGUUCAUUUGCAGCAGCUAGCAAGCUGAAAGUGAUCCUUGGUUUGCCAAUUUCACAAGGUUCCUUCUUUCAAUCCUUCCGCUACUCUCUCUCUCUCUUUCUCCGAUUCACAAUUCAACGGUGGUGACGCUCGAGUGAUCGUUGCCAAUUGAAUUAACGCAUAUCAUUCCCUCUUUUCUCGUCUCUCCCUCUGUGACAGGAGCAUUAUGGAUUUGCUACGUCAUUCGGAACGUGAUUUGUGUAGCGCACACACAUCACAUGAGGAAUAAAAAUUACUGUCUCUUUGAACUAUUGAUAGUGGCUACUUAUUUCUGGUUAACCUUUAAUCAGGGUUUUGACAUGUAAAUCUGCAAGCUUGAAAACACGAGAGAGUGUGAAUAAACUAUGAUUUCUUACCUUACUGAUUGUAUAAGCCCCAAAGUGGCAUCAUGUCUGGGGAGCAAGAUUUAAGCACAUAAUAGAAGUUGGAGAAGUGUUUUCAUAUGAUAGAUUUGAGAUUUGAGGUAACAUUUGAAGAAAAUUGGGUAGCUUCUUGUGAUGGAUCAUCACUUGGCUAGUGAUUCUCCGCAGGUUCGUCCUAGAUGGAGGAAAGUAGCAUAUGGCGGUAUGCAACCUGGUUUUGAUGACAAUCAUACCGAUGAAUCUUUCCUUGAAGGAAUGGUCAUGAAUGCCAAUGUUGUAAGAAGGGACAUGCUAAAGGUGAUGUUAGACUCUGUUUCCAUUUCUGAAUACUUAUGCAUUGUAGCUCUUGUUGUCUUAGUAUGGACCUACACACUAGAAUCAACCAUUGAUGAGAAUUGUCUUCUGUGCAUAGAUGUUAGUCUUCUUGUUUCGGGUUUCUUAAUUCUCCUUUUCACUCAGGAAAAGAUUUCCCUUAGCAUCCUUGUUCAUCAUUAUUUCCUCAAUAUCUCGUUUUUCAUAAUGGGAUUAUAUGUUUUGGCUCCCAUCUACCAAACCCUUACAAGAUCCAUCAGUUCUGAUUCCAUUUGGGCGUUAACCGUAUCGCUUCUCGUGAUUCACCUUUUCCUGCAUGACUAUUCGGAAUCAACUGUCAAUGCACCGGGGGCUCUAAAAAAUCCUGCAUUGACCAGUUGCAUCUCUGUAAAUGCUUCUGUAGUCGCCUCUGUAUUCAUUGCUUCUCGCCUUCCGUCGAGACUACAUGUUUUUGCCAUCAUGCUAUUCUCCUUGCAAGUUUUCCUAUUUGGUCCCCUGGUUACUUACUGCAUUAAGAAAUAUUCGUUCCGUUUACACCUGUGUUUUUCUAUCAGUUUGAUGGUUGUGACAUUAAGUUUCGUGUACAUGCUGCAUCGCUUACUUUUUGUGUUGCUGCUUAGUUUGCUGGUUUUUGUCAAUGUGGUCUGCCCUUAUUGGCUUAUACGGAUCCAGGAGUACAAGUUUGAGAUCAAUGGACCUUGGGAUGAGGCUAAGCUUUGUUUUGCUAUUACAGAUUGAGAUAAAAACAAAGCAAUUUUGAGUAGCUUUCUGGGGUUCAUGUGAAUGUAAUCUUCUUAUUUGCUGAUUAUGGUCCUAGAUGCAAAUUUUGUAAUGCAUGGGGCCAUGGAGUUACCCUAAGAUUUUUGUAUCUUUCAUAAUUACAGAAGGAAACUAUAGUGAAAGUUUUAUGUGAACAAGUUUUUGAAAAA